AUGCAAAUAGUUAGACAACAUAAGAGAACUAUAAAAAUUGUAUAAAUUCUGAAUGCACAUAAUGCAAGCCUCAUUAUUUUUUAGUUUAAUUACAAUAAGAUAAUGAUGAAAAUUAUGAAUUAGUGUCUCGAAUUUGUGUUGAAUGGUAUUAAAUGAAUUUAAACAUUAGUCCAUACUAAGCAUAUAUGUUAGAUGAAGAAAAUUUAUAUUGUGGUGAUUGUCUUGAUAAUAGUUUAACUUGGUAAAGACAUAUUUUAACAUAGGAAUUUUAAUAGAUUUUGCAGUUAUGAUUAUUUAACUUAUUCUACAGGAAACUCUGUAUAUCAUAAAAAGGACAGGGCAUCUGUAGAAUUAUUUUAUGUAGUUCAAUCUCAACCAGGAUAUGUAUGUAUGCAAAUAUAAAAUAGUAUUCUACAAUGAUUUGCAAUGGAUGUGAUCAUUUUUGUAAAGAAAAAUCAUAGAAUUGUUUUUUAAUACCAUUUGAAUACUAAAAUAAUAUUAAUAAUAAGUAUGUAAGUUGUAAGGAAGGUUAUGACUUUGAUGAAUAAAGAUAAAUAUGUAUAUCUUGUCCCCAGAAUUGUCAAUCUUGUAUUUAAAAUACUUGUUUAAUAUGUAAUAAAGGAUUUAGUAAAAUGAUAUUAAGAGAGUCAUAUGAAGAUUAGACAACAACAACUUUUUGUAUUCCAUGUUUUUCAUAAUGUAAGAGUUGUUAUUUUGGUAAGAAUGAUGUAAAUUUGAAUGUAAUACCUUGGGAUGCUUAUAAUAAUGAAGAAGGAUUAUAUAAAAAUAACUUUCANAAUUUUAAAAUAUGA